GAUCAUCCGCGAGGAGAAGAGGAGGAUCCUUGGGCCCCUCGGCAGCCUGCCGCCCUCUCCUGCCACCCGCCUGGCCCCCAGGGCCACCCCGGCAGCCACGGCGCCCCAGCCCACUGGUGAGGCCAGGGCGGCAUCAGGAGCCAGGGCCAAGACCAAGAGCCACUCGCUGGACUCACUGCAGAAGCGGCGGGAAGGCGCCUGGGGCAAGACGUCCUCGGAGUCGGGGGCCUCGUCCUCCUACAGCGGGGAGAGCCUGCGGGAGCGUGGUAAGGGCCGCCCCCGCGAGCGGGCAGCCGCCAACUCCCUGCUGGGCCGCAGCUUCAGCCUCGGCGACCUCAGCCACUCGCCGCAGACGGCACAGCGCGUGGAGAGGAUCGUCAGGGAGGUGAAGAGGAAGAAGGGCCUCAAGGAGGUGCCCGAGAGGGACAAGAAGAUCGCGGCGCUGAUGCUCGCCAAGCACCAGGAGGCCAGCCUCCUGCGGGAGCAGCGGCAGGCGGCCCACCUGCAGUGGGACAGCCAGCGGCGCCUGGCGGAGCAGCGGAAGGAGCAGGAGGAGAAGGAGAAGCAGAGGGCUCUCGCGCAGGGCCAGCGCAUGUGGGAGUGCCAGGUGGAGAAGCGGCGAGGCAGGCUGAGCCAGGAGCAGCACGAGGCUGCCCUGCUGAAGCAGAAGCAGCGCCUGGUGUGCGAGGAGAGGUGGCGCGAGCAGGCAGAAAAGCAGGAGCGGCUGCGGAGGGAGAAGCUGGAGAGGGCCAUCCAGGAGGACAAGCAGAAGAAGCUCCACCAAGAGCACAACUUGAAGGCAAAGGAGGACGUCAAAAGGGAGCACCGAGAGCGAGAGGAGCAGCUUCUCCAAGAGAAGCUGUCCACAGCUGCACAGAAGAGGCUGAGGAAGGAGGUGCAGCUGCAGAAGGAGAAGAAACUGCUCAACCAAACAGAGAAGUUGAAGCACGAGGCCUUGCUCAAGGAACUGGCCAAGCAAGAGGCAGAAGAGAAGGAGAUGCUGAAGGCCUCCCUGGAGAUGAGUUUAACAAAAGCUCAAGAGAACUACGAGCAGCUAAUGGAGAAGAGGAACCAGGAGCUGAGGGAAAAGGCCAGGCGGGAGGAGAUGCAGAUUCAGAGGGCAAAACUGGCAGCGGAAAGGAAGGAAAGAGAGCAAAAGGAGCACCUUGCAGCCCUGGCUAAAGAGACAGAGAGAAAGCUCCAGCAUGCUGCCCAGGUGGCCGAAGAGGUGGUCCAGGAGAAAGCUCGCAAAGUGGUCAUGAGCCGCCUGGAAAAGGAGAAGGUGCAAAAGAUGAACAAGCAAAAGGUAGAGCAGUACGAGGACUUACGACGCAGAGAGAUCCUCCUCUCUAUAGAGAGGAAGCUGGAGAGGAGUGAGCAAAUCUUCAAGGAGAAGAAGACAGUCUUAGAAAAUGCCAGAUCUGUCGCUCGCGCAUCCUUCCAUGUCCGGGAAAAGGUACGGGAGGAGACCAACAUGCGCACCUUUGACAAGAUGGCUUUGGAAGCAGAACUGCAUGCCAACCUGGAUAAGAAAUGAAAGGUCUUUUCAUGGAUAAGUGGGGAUACUUCACCUAAGGAUGUCCAUCAUAAAGCAUCAGAAAGCUCCUCUGCAUUAGAACAUUUAAAA